AUGAAUUUUAGUUUUAUAUUUUCAGAUAUGUAUGUGGAGACUAUGGAGGAAGACCUAAAGAUUGCGAAUAUGAAAGAAGAGAUCAUUUCCAUCAAGGAAGAAAUCCUUCAAUCCUUUACUGUAGAAAGUACACCAGUUGCACAGAAACAAGAUGUACAGAAUGAAAAUGUACAUAGAGUAAAUGUACAGGAAAUAAAUGUACAUGGAGAAAACGUACAGCAAGAAAAUGUACAGUUAGAAAAUGCCAAUGUCAGCAAGCUUCAAAACAACUUCAAGGAAUUUAUCUUUAAGAACCGCAAUCAGAAAGAAAAUAUACACAAAGAAAAUGUACAGCAGGAGAAUGUACUGCAGGGGAAUGUACGACAGGAGAAUGUACGGCAGGGGAAUGUACGACAGGAGAAUGUACUGCAGGAGAACGUACUGCAGGGGAAUAUACGGCAGAAAGAUGUCCAAACAGCGGAUACAGUGGCUAUAGAAAAAGACCUGGUGGAAGUGGAUCCCGGGAUAUCUGAAACUAUAAAAAAUAUCCCUGCAAUAAGUGUGAAUAUGUUUCAACUACAAAAGGUUGUUUAAAAAGACAUAUCGAAAGCAAACAUCAAGGAAUAAGAUAUCCUUGUGAAGAAUGUGAUUAUACUGCAACCGAGCCCGGGAAUCUGAAUAAACAUGUAAAGCACAUUCACAAGAAAGUUAAAUAUCCGUGUAAACAGUGUGAUUUUGUUUCAAAUGAUCCUGGAAAUCUUAAGAAACAUGUGAACAUGAAACAUAAUGGUGUAAGAUAUCAAUGUGAAGAGUGUAAUUUUUUAGCAAAAUGCAAAAACACUUUGAAGUAUCAUAUGCAGAGUAAACAUCAAGGAAUAAGAUAUCCAUGUGAUCAUUGUGAUCAUGCAGCCAUUACACCUGGAAGUCUAAAAGUACAUGUUAGUGAAAUGCACGAA